AUGAAGUUCACUUCCGUCCUCGCUGCCGGCCUCUUCUCGGCCGUUGCCCUCGCCGGCAAGAGCACCAAGCCCAAGGGCCCCAAGUACGAGCGACUUGACAAGGACAAUGCUAUCCUGCUCGUUGUUGAUAUCCAGGAGGGUCUCUACCAGAUCGCCCGUGACUUCGACCCUACCCUUUACCGGGACCAGGCUCUUGGCCACGCCGCUCUCGGCAAGGUCUUUGAUCUCCCCGUCGUCAUGACCACCUCUGCCGACCAAGGCCCCAACGGUCCCCUGGCUCGUGAGAUCCUCGAGAUGUACCCCGACAUGCCCCUUGUCCAGCGCCAGGGUGAGGUCAACGCCUGGGACAACGAGGAGUUCCGCAAGACCGUCCGCUCGUACAACCGCACCCAGAUCAUCAUGGCCGGCAUCACCACCGACGUCUGCACCACCUUCCUGGCUCUGUCCCUGCGUGAGGAGGGCUACUCCGUCUGGGCCAACGCCGAGGCCUCUGGCACCAACUCUGCUCUCGUCCGCGACAUCUCCAACGACCGCAUGGCCAACGCCGGUGUCCAGGUUGUCAGCCUGUUCUCCAUUGUCUGCGACCUCAUGCGCGACUGGCGCAACACCCCUGGUGCCAAGGAGCUCAUCCCCUGGUUGAACGUCUACUACCCCGUCUGGGGCUUCCUUGCCCGCACCCACGCCGCCGCCGUCACCAACGGCACCAUCCUGCCCGGUGAGGACACCCUCAUCUAA